AGAGAGAGAGUGCAAGAGAGAGCGCGCGCGCGCGUUCUGAGCAAAGCGGCAGUACGCGCGAGUGGCGGGAAAAGAAUGCCCAUCUCCUGAGUAAUAACGAGAGGAUUGGCGCGCUUUCUCCUGACAGAGGCACGACACGAGCAGACUGUCAUUGUGGUCAUGGGUGGCAGCGGCGCGCUCCCUCGCGUGGAGUGUUUUCCCUGUCAGUGCUGCUGCUGCUGGAAAUGGCGCUGUGAUGCUCAGCAAGGAAGACGCAGUUGAAGCCGAUGCCAGGGAGCGGGAGGAGAGUCUAAACUCUUAUUAUUAGUGUUACCUGCGCGAGUCUUUCGGUGCGGAUUUUUGUGUUGUAAAAAAGCGGUGAACAGUACCAUGGUGAAUUACCAGAAAUACAUAACGGUAAUGCAGCUGGCUCUAGGGGUGACUGCCUACAACAGAGAGCGUAGCCUGCCUCCCAGAAAACAUAUGUGGGUCUUCCCCAAACACGACAAAGACAAAUACGGCCCUGCAGUUUACUACCCCAAGAUCAGCGCAUUCAUCGGCACCCCAGAAUCCGUCUCAGUGCUGGAUGAGUCGGAGGGAUCGGCGCACGGCAAGCCAUCCCUGCGCAGAAUCAAGGGCCGAAUUCACCGCAGCAAGAGCCUGGACAGCAUCGACCUGCUGGACUCAAAUAGCGCAGCAAUGGACGAGACAGUAAUAUGGGAACAGCACACUGUAACUCUACACAGGGCACCAGGGUUCGGCUUCGGGAUCGCUAUCUCAGGUGGAAGGGAUAACCCUCACUUUCAGAGCGGAGAGACGUCCAUCGUCAUAUCAGAUGUUCUGAAAGGAGGCCCAGCUGAGGGCUUACUGCAAGAGAAUGACAGAGUGGUGACGGUCAACUCCGUCUCCAUGGACAACGUGGAUCACGCGUAUGCAGUGCAGCAGCUCCGGAAAAGUGGGAAGAAUGCAAAAAUCACCAUCAGGAGAAAGCGGAAGGUUCAGGUGCCCAUGGGCCGGCCGGGCGAGCGUGAGACCAUGUCGGAGCACGACGAGGACGAUGACAGCUAUGAGGAUGAGAUCUACGAGGCCCGAAGCGCACAGAGCGGGCAGAGUGCCUACAGCGGGGGCGGAGCCACGGGCCGGAGGAGCAGCAGGGGUGACCGGCUGAGCGGGAGGAGGGACCGAGACAGAGAGCGCAGCGGCUCCAGAGAGAGGAGUCUGUCCCCACGCUCGGACCGCCACUCUGUGUCCUCCAACCUCCCUCCACGCCCAGCCAAAGUCACCCUUAUCAAAUCCCGCAAAAAUGAAGCAGAAUACGGGCUUCGCCUGGCCAGCCACAUCUUCGUAAAGGACAUUUCCCCUGAGAGCCUGGCGGCCCGAGACGGAAACAUACAGGAGGGAGAUGUGGUGCUCAAGAUUAAUGGCACAGUGACUGAGAACCUGUCCCUGAUCGAUGCCAAGAAGCUGAUCGAGAGGUCAAAGGGCAAGCUGAAGAUGGUGGUUCAGAGGGACGAAAGAGCCACGCUGCUCCAUAUCCCAGAUCUAGAUGACAGUAUUCCCUCAGCGAACGCUUCUGAUCGAGAUGAUAUUUCAGACAUCCACUCCGUGGCCUCCGAUCAUUCCAACCGAUCCCACGACCGGAAGAGGAGCAGUCGUUCUCGUUCUCCGGACCGCCGCUCUGAGCCGUCGGACCACUCCAGACACUCGCCGCCUCAGAUCAGCAACGGCAGGGCCGCAGGGCCGACGUCUCAGAGAAACCGGCCAGUCCACAGGAGUCGUGAUGAGGAGAGGAUCUCGAAGGCUGGGCCGCUGCCCAUACCUGCUAAGAUGGUGGAGGAGAUGUCGAAAGAGCAGAGCGCAAGCAGAGAAGAGAAACAGCUCCCCCCUCUGCCAGAGCCCAAGCCUGUGUACGCCCAACCCGGUCAGCCCGACGUUGACCUGCCCGUUAGCCCGGCAGAUGCUCCUGUGCCCAGCGUCACCCCUGAUGACAGCAUCUUGCGGCCGAGCAUGAAGCUGGUGAAGUUUAAGAAGGGCGAGAGCGUCGGGUUAAGGCUCGCUGGCGGGAAUGACGUUGGGAUAUUUGUGGCGGGUGUACUGGAGGACAGUCCCGCUGCUAAAGAAGGCCUGGAGGAGGGAGACCAGAUUCUCAGGGUAAACAAUGUGGACUUUGCAAACAUCAUCCGUGAGGAGGCAGUGCUGUUUCUGCUAGACCUGCCCAAAGGAGAGGAGGUCACCAUCCUGGCCCAGAAAAAGAAAGAUGUCUACAGACGCAUCGUUGAGUCCGACGUGGGAGACUCAUUCUACAUCAGGACCCAUUUCGAGUAUGAGAAGGAGUCGCCCUACGGCCUGAGCUUCAAUAAGGGCGAGGUCUUCAGGGUGGUCGAUACCCUUUACAACGGCAAGCUGGGAUCCUGGCUGGCCAUCCGCAUCGGCAAGAACCACCAGGAGGUGGAGAGGGGCAUCAUCCCUAACAAAAACAGAGCCGAGCAGCUAUCGAGCGUACAGUACACUUUACCAAAAACCCCAGGAGGGGAUCGUGCCGAUUUCUGGCGCUUCCGUGGUCUGCGGAGCUCCAAGAGGAACCUGAGGAAGAGCAGAGAGGACCUUUCUGCUCAGCCCGUCCAAACCAAGUUCCCUGCUUAUGAGAGAGUGGUGCUCAGAGAAGCUGGUUUCCUGAGGCCUGUGGUCAUUUUCGGGCCCAUCGCGGACGUCGCACGAGAGAAACUGUCCAGAGAGGAGACUGAUCUCUUUGAACUCGCAAAGAGCGAACCUAGAGAUGCUGGCACGGACCAGCGCAGCUCCGGAAUCAUCCGUCUCCAUACCAUUAAACAGAUCAUUGACCGAGACAAACACGCAGUGCUGGACAUCACCCCCAACGCGGUGGAUCGGCUGAACUACGCUCAGUGGUACCCCAUCGUUGUGUUCCUCAAUCCGGACAGCAAGCAGGGAGUGAAGAACAUGAGGACCAGACUGUGUCCCGAAUCUAGGAAGAGCGCCAGGAAGCUGUAUGAGCGCGCUCUCAAACUGAGGAAAAACAAUAACCACCUCUUCACCACUACCAUUAACCUGAAUAACAUGAAUGAUGGCUGGUACGGCGCUUUAAAAGAGACCACCCAGCAGCAGCAGAACCAGUUGGUCUGGGUCUCAGAGGGCAAGGCAGACGGCGCUCCUGACGACGACCUCGACAUCCACGACGACCGCCUCUCCUACCUCUCGGCGCCAGGGAGCGAGUACAGCAUGUACAGCACCGACAGCCGCCACACCUCCGACUACGAAGACACAGACACGGAAGGCGGGGCCUACACCGACCAGGAGCUGGACGAGACCAUGAAUGAUGAGGUGGGCCUGCCCAGCGAGCCGGCCAUUACACGGUCAUCCGAGCCCGUCCGGGAGGACCCGCCGGUCAUCCAGGAACCAGCAGGGUACCCGAGCUACCAGCAUGCUGUAGCCCAACCAGAGCCGGUGAAUCGCAUCGACCCCGCCGGGUUUAAAAUGGCAGCGCCACAGCAGAUGUAUAAAAAGGAUCUGUACAGCAUAGAUGAAUCAGUCCGCGUGAACCACGGCGUGAAGCCUCCUCCUCCCCCGCAGCAGCCUUUAGCCCCUCCCACCUCGCUCUCCUACAGCCACCAGCCUGUCUACCAGGACCAACAGCCAUACCGCCAGUACGACCACCCGCCUUACGGCUACGACGGUGGCGGCUACACACAACUAAAGCCUCACAACUACGACUCGCACCUGCAGUACGAUAACCGUGUGCCUCACUACAACGAACAGUGGCCACCUUACGACCAGCAGCAGACUCCACCCCAACCGCCGCCCACGUCCAACUACCCUCAGGGCCACCAGCCUCCCGUGGGUUACGACCUCCGCUCUCCGUACGAAGACGGUCCAACGAGGGACUUUAGCCCACCUCAGUCUCACUACGAUGGGGCGCCCCCUAUGGGUUACGAUAACCGGCCACGGCACCCCAAACCCGCGCCGGUGCGCUACGACGAGCCGCCACCUCCCCCUCCAGGAACCUCCUAUGAGGCUCGCUCGCCUUACGAAACCGAGCCGCACGGUUUCCCAGGAAACUCACAUCGCUCCCCGGAUCUUCCUAAGCAGUAUUACGGCGAUGCUGGAAUGAGACCGCCGUACAACCCGGGACCUCCGAACCGCGUAUACAAACCAGCUCAGCACGAACCUCUGAUGAACUCGGAACCUCCCGUUCCGCCUCCCAAACCUGAGGUCGUCUUGUCUCCGGGGGAACAUUCUCACCCGGCGGCCUCCAAACCUUUGCCUCCUCCCCCCAGGGAUAACGGUGAUGAUGAAGAUCCUGCCAUGAAGCCCCAGUCUGUGCUCAACAGGGUCAAAAUGUUUGAGAACAAGCGUUCUGUGUCUGUAGAUCGAGCGAAGGACACUGGAGAUGUAGCAGGAAUGAGGCCGGCAGACAUCCCGAAACCUGCGAGCACCCCUGGUCCUGUGCUGAAAGCCAACUCACUCAGCAAUCUAGAGCAGGAAAAACCAUCACACAGAGCCCCAGAGCCUCAGAAACCUCAGAGCCGUGUAGGGGACGAUGUGAUCCGCAACCAUUAUGACCCGGAUGAAGAUGAGGAGUAUUACAGGAAGCAGCUGUCUUACUUUGACCGGCGCAGCUUUGACAGCAAAGGCAUGAAUCAGCCGAACCCAGGAAUCAAUCGCUUCCACGAGCCAGCCAAACCCUCUCAACCUCAGAUAUCAGGAUAUCCAUUCGCAAGAACGGAGUCUGUAGAGAAGAUAAGCCCUGUGGACAAGAGGUACGAACCGCCCGUCAACCCAUCACCUGCUCCAUACAGCCAGCCCACCCCUGUAGCUCCGCCCACCUCCCUGCCCAAACUCGCUAACAUGGAAGUCAAUUCUCUCCCGGAUCCUCACAAUUCUCCCAAAGCCAAACCGGACCUGUCCGCUCUCAGAGCCCCCGCUCGGGACGACCCCGACCAGACCAACUACCCGCCCCCCAAGUCCUCCAUCAACGGCACCGACGCCCCUCCCAAAACGCUGGGCAUCCCCACUAGCUACAACCGCUACGUCCCCAAACCUUACACCAGCACCGCCCGGCCCUUUGAGCGCAAGUUCGAAAGCCCCAAAUUCAACCACAACCUGCUUCCCAAUGACACUCAGUCCAAGCCCAGCGUGAACAACAACCUGAAACCUCAGCUCUCGCCGCAGCCCCUGGACACAGACAGCGGGGUGGACACCUUCACGCGCACCAUGGACAACAGGCCCAAAUAUCAGCACAACAACAUCAAUGCUGUUCCCAAAGCUGUUCCCGUGAGCCCGAAUGCAUUGGAUGAGGAUGAUGAUGAUGAAGGCCACACGGUGGUGGCUACAGCGCGGGGCGUCUUUAACUGUAACGGUGGAGUGUUGAGCUCUAUAGAGACGGGAGUCAGCAUCAUUAUUCCUCAAGGCGCCAUCCCUGAUAGUGUGGAACAGGAGAUUUACUUCAAAGUGUGUCGCGACAACAGCAUUCUGCCCCCGCUGGACAAAGAGAAAGGUGAAACUCUGCUGAGUCCUCUGGUGAUGUGCGGCCCUCACGGCCUGAAGUUCCUGAAGCCCGUUGAACUGCGUCUACCACACUGUGCGUCUAUGACUCCUGAUGGUUGGUCUUUUGCUCUAAAAUCCUCCGACUCCUCGUCGGGUGACCCCAAAUGCUGGCAAAACAAGUGUCUACCAGGAGACCCAAACUACCUUGUGGGUGCUAACUGUGUGUCCGUGCUGAUCGAUCACUUCUGAAGAGAGCAACAGCUGGUCUGUUACCGAACGUGAACGCCGAGGCCUAGCAAGAGCGCUUCCCUUCUUCAUCCUCCCCUUCUCCCACUUCUCUUCUCUGAGGGGAAGGGGUUUUCAACACGAAGUAUUAAUUCACCUUACGUUGGGUUGAAGCAUCACACCCUAAAAAUAUCUCAGAGGACGAGGAAAGCACUCGUUUCCUGUUUGCUUUUUUCUCUCCGUCUCUUUUUUUGCCUUUUUCUUUACCUUUUGGUGCUUGAAGACUUGCAAAAAUAACUGAAUAAAUAAACUAAUGAAGAUAUCGAACUGUUGAAGGAAUGCAUGACCUGUGCCACAGAUGAUCCCAUUUUUGACAUUCGUAGCCUCCUUUGUCUCCAGAUGAUAAGAAGCGAGAAAAAGUUCAAAAGAGUUGACGGGAAAUGUAACCGUAUGGAUGUGCUGUCGUGUCCACGAACAGAAAAGCUGAAGUAGACUUUUUGUUAGCUUCACGGUCAUGUGUUUUUCGCAGGGCGCCGUAACGGAUCUCUGCGGAUGUGGAAAACAAGCAUGUUGGUUUCUAGAAAAUGAAGAACAAAUCUGACAUUUUAAUGUGAAGGAAUGUGACUGUUGCACUCAUUUGCUAAUGGACUUCCCUCUCCAGCUAAAAAAAAUGGGCUCUCUUCUCUCCGUUGUGAAUCGACCUUUUCUAGCGAUGUUUUACCGUAGACGAACAUACUGACUGGUUUUCCGAAACUCCUGCUGUUUAGAGAUCUAUGCAUGUGCUAUGACUCAGGUCCAAACGCCUGCUACUAAGUUGAAUACACAAACCUACCCAUCAUACACUGCAAGCAGUGAUGCCUUAUCUGCAUUCUUUUCCUUCUUUUAACCCCAACGACCGGCAAACGUCGAGUUUCUGUUACGGAGGGAAGUUACACGAAGGAUACGAAGUUCAUCCCGAUAUUUAGCACACACGAAUUAUUAAAACUGAUCAACCGGUCUGCUUUAUUCCACUGCUAUGCAUAUAAAGAAUAUACGAGAACACUAGGAUAUGUUUAAAUUACAGCUGUAUAUAUUGUGCUAGCAUAUGGCCUUGGUUCGCUGUAAAUUACCUUUUGUACAUCUUUGUUAUUUUGUAUAAAAACGUAACAUGAAAAAAGUUUCUUAAAAAAAAAAGGAAAAGUAUAACAUUGGUUAUGUUUGUAUUCCGGUUACACUUCUGAGCCUUGGAAUUUACCUUCGCAGUACGGAGAAAAUUUAAACGAAUAAAAAAAGUUCAAUGAAAAA